GGUGCCUUCAUCCUGGUUAAAAUUCAACCGAGAGUCUGAGCUCCAGCAGAAAGCCUCCUCCACCCAUUUGCACGCCUGCCCAUCCGGGUCUUCCUCUUCCAAGAGGCCCCGCCUCCUUCCUCGCCUUCUCGCUGCCCGUCAAUCAAGCCUAGCGUUCUCCUGGGGCGUCCGAGGCUGGUCGCGCGACGAUGGCUCAGGUCCUGCGAGGCGUGCGCGUGAUCAGGGUCUGCAACCCGCCCCUCAACACACUCAGCCCUGUUGUAACACAGGCUUUAGAACGUGAUGUGAAACAGGCACACUCCGAUCCCACAGUGAAAGCUGUUGUGAUUUGCGGGGCAAAUGGCAAAUUCAGUGCAGGUGCCGAUAUCAGAAAUUUUGCCAACAUUGGCCAGAGCAAAUUCCCCAGUCUUGAGUCAGUUGUUUCUUUAAUAGAGAAAAGCGACAAGCCAAUGGUAGCAGCUAUUGAAGACUUGGCUUUCGGAGGAGGCCUGGAGGUAGCACUAGGUUGUCAUUACAGGAUUGCUAAUAUGAAGGCUCGGGUAGGUUUACCUGAGGUUACGAUAGGUUUACUCCCUGGCGCUGGUGGGACUCAACGGCUUCCCAGACUGAUUGGAGUACCAGCUGCACUCGAUAUCAUCACUACAGGAAGACAUGUGCCAGCUACUGAAGCACUGAAACUAGGGAUCCUCGAUGAGGUUGUGGAAGAAAACCCAAUCGAAGCCGCUAUAAACUUGGCACAAAGAGUAACAGGUCAGCCAUUGGGACCUCGCAGACUCUGCCUGAAAGAAAUACCCAAACUACCCAACAUGGAAGCUUUCCUUGAUGAGGCUCGCCUGAAAGUCAAGAAAAGGGCAAAUGGGCAGCUCUCACCACAAAUGUGCUUUGAAGCUGUACGAGCCUCUGUGUGCAUGCCCUUUGCAGAAGGAAUUCAGAAAGAGCAACAGCUCUUUAUGUACCUCUUGAGUUCAGGGCAGUCUAAGGCAUUGCAGUAUGCCUUUUUUGGACAGAGAGCCAUGGAGAAGUGGGUGUUGCCCAACGGAGCUUCAUGGGAAUCUGCAGCCCCUCAGCCAGUGAAAAAAGCAGCUGUGAUAGGAUUGGGAACGAUGGGCCGAGGCAUUGUGGCUUCUCUGCUGAAGGCUAAAAUUCCUGUGGUGGCUCUGGAGCAGGACAAAAAGCAGCUGGAGGUGGGAAAGGCAGCUGUUAUGGCUCUGCUAGAACGUGAAGCUUUAAAAAUGCAGCAGAGUGGCCAAAAACCGAAUAAGCCUAUAGUCCCUCAGUUUACUUUGGAUUUUGGUGCCCUGAAGGAUGUAGAUUUAGUCAUUGAGGCUGUGUUUGAGGAGAUAACUCUCAAAAAGGAAAUAUUCCAAAAAUUGUCAGUAAUCUGCAAACCUGAAGCCCUUCUUGGUACUAAUACUUCCUACCUAGAUAUUGAUGAGAUUGCUUCUGUCACUGGUCGCCCUCAUAAAGUCAUUGGCAUCCAUUUCUUCUCACCGGCUCACAUUAUGAAACUAGUGGAGAUCAUUUAUGGUCAGCAAACAUCCCCUUCUGCCAUUGCUACUGCCAUGAGCCUAACCAAAGUUAUGGGUAAAAUUGGAGUUGUAGUGGGGAAUUGUUCUGGUUUUGUUGGCAACCGGAUGUUAACCCGUUACUAUGACCAAGCGUAUUUUCUCAUGGAAGAUGGCAGCACUCCAGAAGAGGUAGACAAAGUCCUGCAGGAAUUUGGUUUCAAAAUGGGCCCCUUACGGGUAGGAGAUCUGGCUGGACUUGAUGUGGGCUGGAGAAUUAGGAAAGGGAAAGGCCAGACUGGAGACACUCUGCCUCCUGGGACACCACCUCGCCAUCAGGAUGGCCAGAGAUAUAGCCCAAUCCCUGAUAUCCUCUGCGAAAUGGGAAGAUAUGGUGAGAAAACAGGAAAGGGCUGGUACCUAUACGAUAAACCUGGGGGAAAGAUAGCUCAACCAGAUCCAUGGCUGCAUGGUUUUCUUUCUGAUUUCAGACGUACUCAUAACAUCACAGCACGCACCGUUAGCCAAGAUGAGAUCUUGGAGCGUUGCCUAUAUUCCCUUGCCAAUGAAGGUUUCCGAAUAUUAUCUGAUGGAAUAGCAUCUUGUCCAGAAGCCAUUGAUACCAUCUAUAUCAAUGGUUAUGGCUGGCCCAGACAUAUGGGCGGUCCAAUGUUUUAUGCUUCUCAGGUUGGAUUGCCCAGGGUUUUAGCAAAACUGCAGGAGUAUGCUGAGGCUAAUCCUGACAUACCCAGCCUGCAACCCAGCUCUUUUCUGCAGAAGCUUGUAGCUUUGGGCAGUCCUCCUCUGAAAGAGUGGGCAUCCCAUGUGAGAUCUCAAAACAGCAAGUUAUAAUUUCUCUGUUAAGCAGGCUGUGUUGAAACAUUCUGACUGAUCCAGCCCAAACUGAAAUGUAGCAUGGAAUAAAACAGUGUGACUGUCUCUUCUGAUUUCACUACAAUGUACACACAGACAUGCACACUGUCUCUGUGAAUGAUAGAUUGCUGCUCACAAUGGUGCCUUUUAUCAUACUACUCCUUGAAAUGCUGCCUGGGGGUCUUGCUUAAAAAACACACACUCAUCAAGUGAUGCUACCCAGAUUGUGGAUAAUAUCUUCAUGAACCUUAACUGAGCUGCCUAAAAUAAUAAUAAAGAUGAAAUCCAAAGCUUGAAAAAAACCCAAGACACAUUUUUUAAUCUUAUAGGAUGUACUACAAUGCAGAGAUACACAAAAGUAGAGCCUUGAACAAAAAAUAAAUAUGUAGAAUUAUAGUACAGUAAUCAGAGUCUUGUUUUUGAGUAUCAGAGCUGAGCAGAACUCUGUUCCAAACACAAAUCUUAUGAUUUUUCCAAGCUUUCUUCAUUUCAGCAAUAUACUUGGAGGAGGCUGUUGUAAAUCUUUCCUGAUCAACUAAUACUGACUACAAAAGAUCUACAAGACAGUUCAGAUCCACUUUUUACUCAUCUGACCUGGUUUUGACUUCCUACAUUCACUCUUCUUCCAUCCCUGUAUACUAGUGGUGCUCAACCUUCUUAAUGCCGCGACCCCAUAACACAGUUCCUCAUGUUGUGGUGACUCCCAACCAUAACAUUUACAUUGCUAUUUCAUAAUUUUGCUACUAUUAUGAAUCAUAAUGUAAAUAUCUGAUAUGCAGGAUGUAUUUUCAUUAAUUGGACCAAAUUUGACAUAAAUACCCAAUACACCCAAAUUUGAAUACUGGUGAGGUUGGGGAGAGGGAUUGGUUUUGUCAUUUGGGAGCUGUAGUUGCUGGGAUUUAUAGUUCCCCUACAAUCAAAGAGCAUUCUGAAUUCCACCAAUGAUGGAAUUGAACCAAACUUGUCACACAGAAUUCCCAUGAAUAGCAGAAAAUACUGAAAAACUUUGAUGGGCAUUGAGCUUGAGUUUUGGAGUUUUAGUUCAUCUACAUCCAGAGAGCACUGUGGACUCAAACCAUGAUGGAUCUGGACCAAACUUGGCACAAAUAUUCAAUAUGCCCAAAUGUGAACACUGGUGGAGUUUGGGGAAAAUAGAUCUUGGCGUUUGAGAGUUGUAGUUGCUGGGAUUUAUAGUUCACUUACAAUCAAAGAGCAUUCUGUACCUCACCAAUGAUAGAAGUGGGCCAAACUUCCCACAGAGAAACCCUAUGACCAACAUAAAAUAGUGUUGAUUACCCCCCUUGCAACCUCCUCAGGGGUCCUGACUCCCAGGUUGAGAAACACUACUGUAUACAAUAUCCAGGCAGUCAGAUAUUUGCAAGAAACCUUCUGUCAUAAGAUUGCUUUUCUUUUGUAUAUUAAAAGCUAACCAGUAUUUGUGGCCUCCUGCAUCAUUUAAUAAGUGCAUUGAUUGAAAACACCAGAAACUCCCAGAUUUUGUUCCUAUUUUUUCCAUUUUUAUUUUGGAAGUCUAGACACGUAAUACUUAUCCUAAAAUAUUUUCUGUCAGCUCCUGCUACAAUCAGUUAUGUUUUAUGUCAGCUCUCCAGGUCAGAUUAUUUUAACCCAAUAUAAAGUCACAAAGAAAUUCUGUAACUUUUCAGUCUGGAUGUGCCUUAAAAUAGAAUUCUUCAGAAGUGUCAAGGACAUUCAACAGAAGAUGUCUCCAUUUCAUUUCUACUUCAUAUAACCAUUGCAAAUACCCUUUUUCUUCCACAAUUAAAAUUCUUGAUAACAUUGGAGAAAACAAGUAGUCCAGUGCAAAAUAAUUCAGAUACAAUGAAAUGUAUAAGAUCUACUGAAAAAAAAAAGAAGCUGAGGAACUGCAAUGGGGAAUUCAGCUUCUGCCAUCUACAUGUUAAUCGAAAGUGAUGAAUCAUAGCAACAAACAUUUUCAUGCUUUUUAUCUGGUAGCAUAAACAAGUGCCUCAAUUCUCUUUGUUCUCUGCCUUUUUAAAAUAAGUGUCUUCUUUCCAGCAGCCUGCAGUCUCCUGGUUCAUCAACCUGUUCAUUUUUCAUACACAUGUACAAAGGGAUCUUGUAGCACCUUAGAGACUAAUGGACUAACCGGGAGAACAAAGUUGAUAGCAUAAGCUUUCAUGGCCUUCAGAGAGUUGGUCUCUAAGGUGCUACAAAAGAUCCCUUUGCAUACUGAUGUUCCAGACUAAAAUGACUUUUGCUUUGUUAUUCAUGUCCUCUAUGUCAGCCAUCACCAAUCUGGUGUCUUUAGAUGUCGCGUAGUGGGUUAAACCCUUGUGCCGGCAGGACUGAAGACCGACAGAUCAGAGGUUCAAUUCUGGGGAGAGCACGGAUGAGCUCCCUCUGUCAGCUCCAGAUCCCAUGCAGGGACACGAGAGAAACCUCCCACGAGGAUCAAAACAUCCAAGUGUCCCCCCUGGGCAAUGUCAUUGCAGACGGCCUAUUCUCUCACACCAGAAGCAACCUGCAGUUUCUCAAGUCGCUCCUAGCACACAUACCAAAAAAACCCACCCUCCAUCAUCUUCAUUUGUCAUGGCCUUUGGUUUGCUGGGGACCAUGGUAGCUGUGGGCCUGCAUACCUGAAAGAUGCUAUUUUAUAUUUGCCAAAAUAAUUGAGAAAUAUGUCACUUGUUCAAAUAUCUUUUGAAACGCUCAGGGAAUCCAUAAACACUGUUAAAGAAGUUGGAAAAUGUAUCUGACUUUGUAAAGGAAUAUUCAUGACUUUCUGUAAUUUUGAAUGGGAAAGGAAGUGCACAUGAUUGCUUUUGCUAUUCUUUUUAGAGUUGCUAUUUCUAGAAUUGAGAGAAUGAAAUUUACGAUGAAUGAAAUGUAACAUCCAUUUUUCCUAAAUAAAAUACUUUCUUAAUAAUG